AUGAAAAGCUGCCUUGGACUUGCUCAGAAUGGUUUCACUUCUAAUGGCGUCUAUCACAUCAUCCCAGAUGGCUGUAAGCCAAUACAAGUGCUUUGUGACAUGGCUACGGAUGGUGGAGGUUGGACCGUGUUUCAGAGACGUUUAGACGGCUCGGUGGAUUUUUGGCUCGACUGGGAAUCCUACAAAAAUGGGUUUGGUGAUCUGGGCGGUGAGUUCUGGCUUGGAAACGACAAUCUUCACUGUUUAACAGCAGCCCGUGAUGUCAUGCUUAGAGUUGACCUGGAGGACUUUGAUGGUAAAAUUUCGUAUGCUGAAUAUUCCACUUUUAAGGUCGCCAACGAGGGAGAUAAAUACCGCAUUUUGCUUGGAGGAUACAGUGGCACAGCUGGUGACUCGAUGGCAAGUCCCUCUGAACAGUCCCGAAGCGCAAAGUAAGUAUGACUGCAACUGGAGUUAUUAACAUUCUUCCUCUUCCUCCUCCUCCUCCUCCUCAGGUGGAACUGGAUGUCAGUCGUUAGUGGGAUUCUGGAUUUCUUUGGCUGUAUUCUGGAUUCCAAAGCCCAGGAUUCCAGAUUCCACAAGUAAAAAAUCCCGGAUCUCGGAUCCCACCAGCAAAAUUUUCUUGGAUUCAGGCCCUUAGCCGGACAGAGACUGUAGAACAUAUAUGGUAUUGUUAAAGCUUGUUGGGCGCCGGAAAUAUAUUUUUUCAAGUACGUCUGUAUCGCGGACUAUAGAAGCACUCGUCCGCACUACUUUCUUCCUUGAAAGGAAUCACAUCAUCUUCCGCUGAGAGGAUGAGCUACAAAUUCUUGGUUCGGUAAUGCUCAUUUGUCCAAAUCAAGACCUUAAUUCAAACCAUUGUUUAUAUCUCUUCGCAAAAUUACGUUCUGCAAUCAGGAAGCCAAUCAGCUGAGCAGAAAUGACAGUGUACUUAAAUUGCCCUACGCUCUCUUUUGUGGUGUAUUUCAUUUGAUACACACACGACAUAUCUCCUUAAAUGAGCGUAAUGAUACAUUUGUUAACAUGAUAUAUUUCGAUUAUCUGUCUACCUUUCUUUUAAUAAGUAUACGUUAACACACUCCACCGAUUCCUUUUGAGAUCUAAACCCGGGGAAAAUCUCAGUGUACGUGUGUUCUGAACAAAAAGUCUCAAAAACUAUGCCCUAUGGUCAGACUUUGGAAAGUACAGUUCAAUUCAGUUCCGUUCAGUUUAUUGUUUUGCCAUAAGUUGUACAAAAGCAAGGAAAUCUAAUUAUUUAAACUCUCAUGGCGAGGAAGCACAAGAGAAACCACCGGGCUUAUAAGGAAUGGCCUCCCUCACUUAAAUAAUAAGAACAAAAUAUUAUCAUAAUUACACAUGGAAAAAUCGACACAGAUCUUUAAAGUAUACAGGGAAUUGUCCCCCCGGGGAGAUGCACUAUUUUUUCCCUCGGUGGAUGCGCCGAUCACGACUGUUCUUUAUUUCUUGACAGCAACAUGCAAUUCACAACCAAAGACGCGGAUAAUGACGGAUCCAGCGAUAACUGUGCGGUGAGACAAAAAGGAGGAUGGUGGUAUAACGACUGCAGUUGGGCAAAUGUUAAUGGCGUAUAUUACAGUGGAAAAUACAGCAACCAAACCGCCCAUGGAGUAAAAUGGGUCACACUACGUGGACAUGAUUACUCAUUCAAACGUAUUGAGAUGAAAGUAAAACCUAAAGUGUAAACUGACACCAGUGUACAGUCUUACGUGUCUGUGUUGUAGCAAUUCAGAUAUUGAUAAAUUAUCCAUGUUUAGCAGACUGACCCAUAACACUGUUUUUACAGUUUUUCUAAUGGUUUACCCCAUUUUCGACACCCGCGUAGCGACCGGACGUGAUUUUGAGGAAAAUAAUAUAUGAUUUCAAUAAAAAGUGCUGAAAACAGUAGCGAUCUAGAUAAGAUAUAAGAAUAAGAAUAUUCUUCACGUCUAUUGUAAACCUUAUCCAUCAAGUUCUCUAUGGAGAAGAAAAGUGAUGACGUCACAAAAACUAUAUUGGAAAAUUAUAAGAUAGUUAAGCAUAUCCACAAAGAACCAGAUGAAAAUUGUUCACUUGCCAAUAAUGAGCCUGCUAGCGCAAAUUGACCGGGAAAUAAGCCACUUCCACAAUUCCCAUAAUGCGCCUUAUUUGCCUCCAAAGUUUUUCUUUAAAGGGACAGGCUCACGGUUCAGCGCAUGCUCAUUAAUUAAAUUACUUUUUAUCCAAUUUAUUAUUUAUUCUAUCGGUUAAUAAUCCCACUUACAAAUAUCUCAGCGAUCUCAGAGUGUAUUUCAAACUAGAAAUGUAUUUCAGAGUAGCCUGAAGUAGGAUGGAGGAGUGCUAAAAUCGCAGAAUAAAUUAGUGGAUUAUGCCAACACUACCAACGUUGAAUUUUCGUUGACCCGAAGGUUUUAUUCCAUGUUUGAUUAAUUUACAGCUAUUUGCACCUAAGGUGAUCAAGUGACUACCAGGAGAGUGUGCAGACUUCUUUUCUUUGACAACAUUAUGACAUGAUCAUAUUGCCUGCAUAGACGAUACAGCAUGCCCUGGCAGAAAAACAGCAUUUUGAUUAAUGUGCGUUCGCUGAACCGUGAACCUGUCCCUUUAAUUUAUAGAGCCUUUCUGUAUUUUCGUUAUCAUGAUAUCCAUUUGUUUCUUGCUUUUUAAAUUGCAACGAACUUCCUUUUAUCCAUUCCCUGAAAGAGUCAGGCCAUACCUGACGAAAUAUUGGAAAAAUAUGGUCUCAUAGCUGUACAGUCAGCCUUGCUUGUUUCACUGUUGAAAUAGUUAUAACAUGUUUAAGAAUCACAGCAGGUUAGUUUGGCGCACAACAUAAAAAUUGUAUGUUCAUUAAAUGCCCAAGUACUAAAAUGCUUUGCGGUAUGUUUUUAAUCUUUUUGUUAAUCUUUUUUUCCACCUUUUGGCGGUGUUGGUGUUGCGGAGGGAGCGGGUAAGGGUCGUAUAGUAGAAAAGCUGGGAACAAAUUAAUUAAGAAUAACAGCAGGAACAAGGGAACAUAGGCAAAUUUUUGAAGGGAACAACGACCCGGAGACCCGGAGAUCCUCACCUUCAGUGUUGUCAUGAAGAUAUUUACUUCAAAGGUCUCCAACGCAAGUUAGCAGCCUAGACUAGACGAGAUUCUGAGGAAGAAAAGUUUUUUUGUCAAAAGCUUAUGACGAGAUUCUGUAGUUCUCAAGAUACUAUGCUUUAGGUACGGAAAACCUGUUACCAAAAAUAAUUAAUACAUCGCCAUUUCUGCAAUGAAAUAACGUUUCAAAUCAUGUAUUGAUAUUGAAAUUAAUACACUCUGUUAGUUAGCAAUACAACACGAAGCUAUAAAAUCACCUCUUAAAUUUGCCUUAAACUUCUUUGUUAAAAAUACUGUGAUAAUUACGAAGAAUUAAGUCGACCUUCCUUGCGGAUUAGAUAAGAAACAAGGAGGCGAUUAAUUCUACACUAAACCAGGAUUUCCUCGAUAAAAGGUUUGCGCGUCGUUCUUUAUCGACAGUCGAGUAUUCUUGAGGACAUUUACUUUUAUAUCGUUUUCCACUAGACCGGAAACCUCGACUACGAAAUACUUUUAAUCCAAUUUUCUAUCUUUUCACGAGUUUUAAAAUAUGGAUACCCAUACAUGUAUCAUCAAUUUUAUUAAUUUUUUUGGCCCCGAAGCGAACCCUACUCAAUGCAAAUCGGCAGGUGUCUUUGUUGAUUGGACAGACAUAUGGAAAUUUCAUUUGGAUCAUAGAAGCUUAGUCUGGGAACCUAAAUCCAGCAACCGGUUCUUUGGCAAAACGUUAUUUUUAAAAGAGCGAAAGAGAAACCGACCCCACCAUCAAAAAUGUUUUUUCUGCUAAUCGUUUUUUUCUUCACAACUGUAUACAGUACAAGCCGUAUUUCAGCGCCCGGUUUUCAAGCUGUUAACUUUGCUCAGGCAAAAGAAAGGCGAAAGUUGAACGGAAGCGUGCUAAAGCAAGUUGAUGUGAUGUCAGAGGAUGAGUGUAGUCUUCAAUGCGUCGGGGAUAAACGGUGCCUCUCUUACAACUUUGGGAAUACAAGAAACGAAUCAGGGACAUUCGUGUGUGAGCUGAGUGAUUCCGACAGAUUUUUUGGCUUUGGUAAUUUCACAGAAGAUAACAAUUUUACUUACAGAGGAUUGCAGGUAACAAUCGCUACGACAUCAGUACAGUGUAUAAGUUUUUUUAAUAACUAUUAAACCGUCUUAUUUUCCUUUAAACAGGAAAUUCCGCUUAAUUUCCACUGUGUUAUUUCUAAAAAUAUCGCGCCAAAGGUACGAAUUUAAAAUAAUCAAAACUUGUGAAAAGCUCUAAUUUUUUAUGCAGUGGUCUCUUCGAGUGAGUAAGUACAGGCAAAACGAUUCGAUGAAAACCGUUAAUAUUAUGCAAUAUAUAAUUUGUUUUAUAAUUAUUACGGUGUGAUUAAGAUGAGAAUGAUUCUCUUAUUUGAUUAUUGAGAGAGUUUCCUUAGAAUGCUGGGCGAUUUCACGCUAGAGAUAAUAUAACUUGCAUAAUCAGGAUAAUCCGGACUGGUUACGUAAGACUGAUUACGGAUCUGUUUUCACAUUGACACCGUAAAUUCGGUCAAACUAUUUUGGGAAAGGAAUAUCACUGUUCGAAUAGAAGCAUUUUUUUCUUCUCUUUAGAAUAAAGAAAAGGCCAUCUUUUAGUUGCCUCAAUUACCUACAUUGUUCCCCAAGAAUCAAAAUUUGUAAAAAGUUGUAAUUUUUUUGCGGUGGUCUCUUUGAGUGAGUACUGGCAAAGCUCUUUGAUGAAAAGCUGAGAAAACUGUUAAUAUUAUGCUAUAUAUAAUUUGUUUUUUAAUUAUUAUUACGGUGUGAUUGAGAUGACAAUGAUUCCGGUAUUUGAUUGAGAGAGCUACCUUGGAAUGCUGGGCGAUUUCACGCUAGUAAAUAUAACAUUAUCGGAAUAAUCCGGACCCAUUUAGUACGACUGAUUACCGAUCUGUUUUCACAUUGACACUCUAAAAUCGGUCAAACUAUCUUGGGAAAGGAUGAUCAGCGUUCGAAUAGAAGCUUUUUCUUCUUUGUCUUCAGAAUGAAGAAAAGAUAGACCAUCUGUUAGUUCCCUCGAUUGCCUGUAGAAUUCUCCAAGAUCGAACCCAAAAUAAAGAGCAAAUAUAUAUAUAGCAUGUAUUGUAUUAACAUAGUAACAUUUAAUUUGUUAUUCUAUUAAGACUUUGAAGCGUUGCAUGCUUUUUGGACAAAUCAGCAUGAGUAUGAGAUACAUGUCGAGAGUCCUGUGAAAUAUAUGAAAGUAAUUUACACGAACACCUGCUUAUCUCUCCAGGCUCCAGUUGUUCAAACCGUGGAUAGCGCUAUCCAGCGGAUAAAUCUCUAUCCAGUGGAUAGUGAUUUAUCCGAUGGAUAGUAUCAUCCACCUUUUGAAAAACUGGGGCCAUAAUGUUAAGAUAUAAAUUAGUUUAGGCCAAUAGUUCCUUCUGUACAUACCGAGGUAAAGUUUACGUACAACAAAAGAAAUAAUACAACCAAAAAAUAAAGCCCCCAGGAGAACUCUAUUGUUUUGUUCCUUUGUUUCUUUUGUGAUGACGGUACCUGCAGAAAGACCCAGGCAAACCUAAAAGCGGAACUCCCAAAGGAAAGCGUGUAACAUAAUUAAAAUACAGCCAUCUCAAUUCGUGAACCGGACCUGGAAGAGAGAGAGCCACACAUGCUAUGGAAAAAAUUAUUACAUGCAAGCCAAUUAAAAACGCUCGUUGCGCUUCUUUUCUAGCAGAAAAUCAUACUGUAAAUCAAUGCAACCCGAUAUACAUUAACACAUUUUUUAAAACAUUCAUAAAAAAUGACCAGUAAAGUUCGAAAAAAAGCCUUUCUCUUACCAGCAAAACUUUACCACUAAUUUUUAAACACAGCUGUACAUCUAAAAGUGCCUGUCAUAACCUGAAAUUAAGGGUGCGUUUCUUUACUAAAAUUCGAGGUCGGAUAAAAAAUCCGGAUCAUUAGGGUUUUUCGUUAAGAAAAGAAACGAUGGAUCCAAAAAACGAUAAUUUCUCAUUCAUUUCUACUAUCACAAUAUGGACGGUAUCCUGGAGAUAGAACAACACGGCUGCUGAUAACGUUGCAAAUUUGCUGAUCCUUCAUUGUGUUCUGGACGGUGAGCUCUAGGAUAUCGCUUAAAGAUGAGCCUAAAAAGAAGAUAUCUACUGGAAAGAACGUUAAAUGUUGCCAGACUCGCAGGCGAAGUUGAGGAGUAGUUUUGUCUCGAUUUGUCCUCGUGAACUAUAGCAAUGCAGGUCCUGUUUGUACUGCGAUUUUACUAUCCCGAUAAAACGGAUGAAAUAGAUCGUUUACCAUGCCUCGAGUCGAGAGAUGGCCGUGAAGAUGAGUAGUGUUGUCAAACAGCUGCUGUAUUCACUCUUGUCGAAUUCGUAGUAAAGGAACGCUUCGGAUCAUGUAUUUAAAGUAUCCGGGUUUGGAUAUGAUCCAAGGAAUUCACCUCCGUUGUGGAUCGAUAAUAUCAUUUGGAUCAAUAAUCCGUUUUGGGGUUUUAGUAAAGAAACGAAAUAUCCGUUUUCGGAUUAAAAAUCUGGUUUUGGAUUUUAGUAAAAAAAACGCACCCCAAAACUUGAAAAUAAUGCGACCAGAAUAUUACUCACAUUCGGCCUUCGAAGUAAUGCUGUAUCUAGAGGAAAAUAAACUGACAACUGAGUUUAAAUUAAUAGCCCAUUUGCACGAUGACGUAAUUUUACUACUAAGACCAGAAUCCUUCAGGAUUUUACUUUCUUGUGCAAAUUAGGGCUUUUGUUAUCGAAACCUCCCUGGGGUUACCAAAUUAGAAUAUGAAAGGAAAAACGAAAAGGAUUCUGGUCGUAGUAGUAAAAUGACGCCAUCAUGCAAAUGGCCUAUUCGCAAUAUAAGACUAUGUGGUUUUGAAAGAGUCAAUGCAAGAUAAUAGGAAAACUAGUCUUGCCGUUGUCAAGGUACGCAACUAGUUUUCUAAGGCACAGGAGAUGUUACCGUGAAGGAAAGCACUCUCUAAAACAUUAAAAAUGUUAAAAUGUCCAUCCACUCAAAAGUUAAAACGUUUUCAAAUUUGAAUUCUUGCCAAUUUGUUACUAACUGAACUUAAGCGGGAUUUCCUACGAAAUAAGGCCUUUGUAUAUCAGUAUGGGCGUCUCCCCUUCUUACUCUUUAUUUGCCUCUUUUUCCCCACAUUAAAUAACUGAGUUUAAAGAACCUCAUUCUCAAAACAGAGUAUCUGUGAGUCCAGCAACCUUCUUCCUUGUGGAAACAAAGGAAUUUGCAUCCCAGACUACUUCAGGAGCAGCUUUGAAUGCAAGUGUCACGCUGGAUAUGUAGGAAUACCUUGCAGUAAGUAAUUCAAAAGGUACACCUAGCAAAUUGUUGCUGCUAAAAAUAUCUACAAGCCGUAGCCGUCCAUCAGUAAGAUGCCUAAAACGUUUUUUUUUUGUUCCAUACUUGGUUUCGGCCCCCAAAAAAUUCUAUUUCAAUCGUAUAUCAUGUUAGGAGGAGCCACAAUAGCUUAGCACACUGAAAAGGCAUACAUGCAUGAGUUAGGAAAACAAUCCAAAGUAAAUGCAGUGCGUUAAAAUAGAUCUAAAUCCACCAGAAAAUUAAAAAAGUAAACUGGCAGUAGCCGUUAGCAAGGAGGUGUGGGCGAAAACCGCUUUCAUAUGAAUGUGAAUGCCCUGUAGUUAUGGCGUCAACAAAAGGAAUCACCGCGGAUCAUGAAAACUGGAUUGAACAACACAGUAAACCAGGCUCAUCAGUUUAAUUCAACGAUUUUAUUCGCAUUUGCUUAGAUACAAUUAACCUGCGAAUAGUAAGGAGCGAGGAGAGACGUUUGUAUUCGCCGGCAAAGAUACAUUGAACCCGGCACUGAAACAGCAAUGCGUGACACAAGUAAUGCGUGUAUACAGCUGUCAUGCACGACGUCUUUAUUCAAUCGAAUAUUCAAUCCGUUUUCAAUGACCAAAGGCCGUUGAUAUGAAAUGGAAAAAUUCCACUGGAGUUUAAAGCUUAUUGAAGCUAUCGGAUGAUAAGUAACGUAACAUACUUGGAAAAGUAUAAAAGUAUAAAAACCAUGCACUGCAAUGAACCUGAAGCGAUUUCUAGACUUUGCUAGCACUAGUACCUUACCGAAACCUUGUCCCACACUAAGCUGAGAUCAGGUUCUACUUAUAUUUUCCUGGCUAAAAAGAUUCCAGGUCGGCAAGGCGAAUCGAAAAGUCUUCCAUUUAGUACAGUACUUGUGUACGUGAAUUACGUUUGCUUGCGAAUCGAAUGUAAUAAUUAUUGUUGCAUCACUUGCAUGUGCAUUCAAAGUAACUGCUGUGACAUCAAGAAAGACCUUAAACUCAACACCACGCCUCAACACUUGAACGCAGUGUUAAGUAAAAUCGAUAUCACUAUGACAGCAAUAAAAAAAACUUUGAAAUCAAUAAAAGCCGAAUUCUAAUCGGUCUAGUCCAGCAACUAAAAAUGCGACACCAGGAACUCAAAGUGUAGUGUUUAAUUAGCAAAUAACCUUUUUCAGCUCUUUUGGAACAAAAGAUAUGAUCGUUAUGAAGAAGGUUCCACUGGUAUCUAAGAACGACUGGCUGACCCUUUGUAUAUACUUUCAGAGGAAAUGAAAAGCUGCUUUGAACUUUCUAUGAAUGGAUUCACAUCAGAUGGCGUCUAUCACGUCAUCCCUGAUGGUGGCAAGGCAAUACAAGUACUAUGUGACAUGACUACAGAAGGUGGAGGCUGGACCGUUUUUCAGAGACGUUUAGACGGCUCGGUGGAUUUUCUGCUCGACUGGGAAUUCUACAAAAAUGGAUUCGGUGAUCUUAGCGGUGAGUUCUGGCUUGGAAACGACAAUCUUCAUCGACUGACAACCAACGCUAAUGUUAUACUUAGAAUUGACCUGGAGGACUUUGACGGUAACAUUACGUACGCUGAAUAUUCCACUUUCAAGGUUGCCGACGAGGUAGAUAAAUACCGCAUUUUGCUUGGAGGAUACAAUGGCACGGCUGGUGACUCGAUGGCAGUUACCUCUUCACAGUCAAAAACCGCAAAGUAAGUAUGACUGCAACUGGAGUUAUUCAGAAUGCCUCUUCGUCCUCUUCCUCUUCCUUUACUACUAUUAGUAGUAGUUGCAGUAGUAGUAGUGGUAGUAGUAGUAGUGGUAGUGGUGGUGGUGGUGGUGGUAGUGGCAGUGGUAGUGGUAGUGAUAGUGGUAGUGGUAGUGGUAGUGGUAGUGGUAGUGGUAGUCACGGUAGUAGUAGUAGUAGUAGUCGUGGCGGCGGCGGCGGUGGUGGUGAUGGUGGUGGUGGUGGUGGUGCUAGUAGUAGUAGUAUUAGUAGUAGUAGUAGUAGUAGUAGUAGUAGUAGUAGUAGUAGUAGUAGUAGUAGUAGUAGUAGUAGUAGUAGUAGUAGUAGUAGUAGUAGUAGUAGUAGUAGUAGUAGUAGUAGUAGUAGUAGUAGUAGUAGUAGUAGUAGUAGUAGUAGUAGUAGUAGUAGUAGUAGUAGUAAGUAAUAAGUAAUAAAUUGCUUUAUUUGCAUGACCGCAUCAUUUUACAGUAUUGCAAAAGCAUGCUUAUGACAAUCAAAAUAUAAAACAAACAGCACUAAUAAUAAUCUAGAAAAAUUCAGUUACAUUACUAACAAUGAAUCACGUAUUUUCAUACAGGAGGAAACAAACUUCAUAACUAACUUAUUUACAUGAUGUGCCUUAGAAUUCAUUAUCAGUUUUAAGCUUUCUGGAGAUGAUUUCUUGUCAAAGUCAGGUGUUAUUCGAUUGAUUUGAUUAAUAAAUGCCUGUCUCUAUACUGAGUAUUUGUUACAUAGAAAGAGGAAAUGAAUCUCAUCUUCUACCUGAUUUGAGUUACAUAAGGGAAAUAAUCUAUUUUCUCUUGGCAAAUGAUCGAUUUGGUAUCGACCAUGUUCAAUCAUAAGUUUGUGAUUACUUAUUUUAAAUUUAACAAAAUUCUGUCGUUCGUCAUAAUGGCUUAGCUGGUAGAGAUAAUCAGAUGUAGAAUAUUCAUCUUUAAAAGUUUUAUAAAAUUUUAGUUUUUUUGAAUUUUCAAGGCUGUGCCGCCAAAAAGAUAAAUAUUUCUCUCUCAUUUCUGUGGUAUAUCGUCUAAUUUUAUCAUUGUCUAGAGAUUCAGCAUCUAAACUGGUUAGAUUGUAUUGUUCAAACAUGUUUAUGAAAUUGGAAAAAUAUCCUGAAUUAUUCAUAGAAUGUAGAUUCUUUGACAUAAGCAAAGACUGUUUGACUAUAGAGUCAUUAUCUUUGUUGUUGAAGUAAACAAAAUAUUUCAUAAUUUUCUGAUUUAUCGGGAUAAGCAGCGGCAGUCUAUCAAGUUCAGCUCUGUAGGGUAUCUUAGAGGUCUUAUUGUUAACCUCUAAGUAACGUUUACAGAAUUUGAGGAAGAUUUUUUCUAUUGGGGAGAUAUCCCAUUUUUUAAAAUCUUGCUUGGUGCACAUUCCCCAUACCUCGCUCUUGUAACUCAAGAUUGGGAAUACCAUUGUGUCAAAAAUUUGGGAUGCAGUAUUAGGAUUAAGUUUGUUAAGAAUUGUCCGCUUCCGAAUACUAGAAAACGCGUGAAGGGCCUUUUCUUUUAAGUGUUCGAGUGCAAGUGUAAAGUUUCCCGUUGGGAUUAAACGUGUACCUAAAUAAAUGUAUUCUUAGACAAUUUCAAUUGACACACUGCCUAUGUUGAAAUUGAUGUCAAUAGAUUUUUUUGGGCGUUUCUGGAAUAUCAUAAUUUUUGUUUUCUUCGGAUUAAUUUUUAGCUUCCAUUUGUCACAAUACAAGGAAAGCGAAUUUAAAAAGUUCUGUAAUCCAGUUUUCGAUCUUGAUAGAAUAACUAAAUCAUAUGCGUACAAAAGUGAAUUUAUUUUUUUCCCAUUUGGAAGAACAAAUGGGUCAGAUAAGGUGUUUUCGAAUAAAUGUGUUAGAUUGUUUAAAUAGAGGUUAAAUAAAGGAGAGCUUAAAAUACAGCCUUGACGUACACCUCUGGAAUAUGAAAAAGGUUGUGUUUUGUUUUCAUCGAUUUUGAUGGAACAUGUCGAGUUGCAAUAAAGGCUUUUCAUGAGGUUGUACAAGUUUCCUCCUAUAUUCGUUUUUAGCAGCUUAUAAAACAAUCCUUCGUGCCAAACAGAGUCAAACGCUUUGCGGAAAUCUACGAACCAAGCGUAGACUUUUUCCUUGUGAUAAUGCACAUAUUUAUCUAUUAGGGUCCUUAGAGUGAAAACAUGGUCUGCAGUGCGGUUUUCAGGCAAAAAGCCAAUUUGGGAAUUAUGUAAUAUCUUAUUUUCCUCAUUAUACUACUACGUGGGAAUUUCUGCAAUUUGAUUGGCUUGGAGCAGUGGUAUUUCAGCUUAAUUUGAAAUACUUACAUGUGAAAAUUACAAAACCUUUGUGGGUAGUAGUAUAAACAAAAAAUACAAGUGAAGUCUUCGAUUUAAAAUAGAACAGAACAGUUUUCCAAGGCAACUAGAAACACAUAUGCCUCUGUAAUUUGUUGGAUCACUCUUGUCACCAGAUUUGUAAAUUGGGGUUAUGAGGCCUUGACACCAAACAUCCGGCCUUUUUUCCCGGAUUGCAAAAUGAGGUUUGACAUAGACAGGCAUUAGUGGUUCGAGGCUUGCUUUGAUCAUUUCAUUUCGUAUUUUGUCAACAAAUAGUGAUUUCUUAUUUUUCAAUUUCUUCGCCGCUUGACGUAUUUCCCUCUCAGUUAUCUCAUAAUCGAGAUAGGCAAACUGUUCAAUUUCGUGUUCUAAAGAAUUUAGUUCCCUAUGGAUUUCAUGUUCAUGCGUGGAAUUCGUCGGGUCAAUAGAAUGCAGAGAUUUGAAAUGGUGAAGCCAUGAUUCUUCCGAGAUUGGGGCAGGAACAUUUUCGUUGAAAGUGUCGCUCAUCGAAUUUAAACAACUCCAAAAUGACGGCUUGUCAGUAGUAGUAGUAGUAGCAGCAGCAGCAGCAGCAGCAGCAGCAGUAGUAGUAGUAGUAGUAGUAGUAGUCUGUAAUUGUUAAAAUUUACCUUGAAUUAUAUAAUUUUCGCAAGGUAUUAGCUUUUUUCUGUUCCUCUAUCAUUCACUGAAGUCGAAAAGAAAAAUACAUACUUACACUUUUAUACACUCUAGAGGUUCAAUAAAAAAUCAAGCCCGAUUUCAGACCUUAUUGGGCAAAUUCUAUAUCCAUUUUCAGACCAAAACAUCUCAAAAAAUUAUACCCUUUGCGCCGCCCCGUAAAUUAUACCGCGAAGUUUUCCCCGGGGGAUGCGCUAUCUUCUCCCGGGCGAGAGAUGAGCAUUAUCAAGACUGUUUCUUUUAUAUCUCGACAGUAACAUGCAAUUUUCAACUAAAGAGAGAGACAAUGAUUUAUCCAGCGUCAACUGUGCGGUGAGACACAAAGGAGGAUGGUGGUAUAACCAAUGCUCUUGGGCAAAUCUCAAUGGCGUAUAUUACGGCGGAGAAUAUAGCAGCCAAUACGGCGAUGGAGUAAAAUGGGUGACUUUAAGAGGACAAUUUUACUCAUUCAAACGUACUGAAAUGAAAGUAAAACCGAAAGUAUAA